GUGAGCAUUGGGAUGGGAGAUUGCAACCUUCACGUGGACCGCCCUGUUUCAACGAAUGCAAUCAACCUGGCGUGCACAAUCAAAUAAGAUCAAAGAGAACAAGUUGUCCUACAACUUUAGGCUGUGCACGCCAUACGCAAGAAGAAGAAGAAUGGUGGGCAUGCAGUUUGAUUCUUUGACAACACCAACCCGUAAUUGAAAAGUUACCAGACUACUCGUUCCCGAUGUUGGGGGAGUUUAGAACCAGGGGCCUCAGUUUAAGAAUAAGGAGUAGGCCAUUUAGAACGGAGAUGAGGAAACACUUUUUCCUCACAGAGAGUGGUGAGUCUGUGGAAUUCUCUGCUUCAGAGGGCGGUGGAGGCAGGUUCUCUGGAUGUUUUCAAGAGAGAGCUAAAUGGGGCUCUUAAAAAUAGCGGAGUCAGGGGAUAUGGGGAGAAGGCAGGAACGGGGUACUGAUUGGGGAUGAUCAGCCAUGAUCAUAUUGAAUGGUGGUGCUGGCUCGAAAGGGCCAAAUGGCCUACUCCUGCACCUAUUGUCUAUUGUCUAUUGCUGGGGAGCUGAUGAUGUAAUACGUGGGAUCUCUACUUAAGCCACACAAUAAUAGAGAAUGUUAUUCCUUGUGUUUGUAUGGCAUAUUUUAAACUCAUAGGUUUCAAACCUGAUACAAUGACAUAACUAUGUAUCAAGGCAGGAUGCCUCUCACCAAAUUGCUUUUAUUCUCGUGUACAGACGGAUAAUUUGUUAGGUAUUAAUUAAUUUGUUAAAAUUUGAUUAUUUCAGGAGCAGGUUAUCAUUCUGAAUCGAAGGCCAAGGAGUAUAAACAAGUUUGCAAGAAGGCUUGCCAAAAGGCAAUAGAGAAACUGCAAACUGGUGCUCUUGCAGUGGAUGUAGUGGCUGCAGCCCUUAUUGAACUAGAGGACUCUCCUUUCACCAAUGCAGGAAUGGGUUCCAAUCUAAAUCUCUCAGGCGAUAUAGAAUGUGAUGCCAGUACAAUGGAUGGAAAGUCCUUGAAUUUUGGAGCUGUAGGAGCACUCAGGGGGAUCAAGAAUCCGAUCUUAGUUGCAAAUAAACUAUUAAGUGAAGCACAGAAGGGGAAGCUCUCUGCUGGCAGAAUUCCUCCUUGUUUUUUAGUUGGAGAAGGGGCUCAUAAAUGGGCUGUGGAUCAUGGAAUUGUACCAUGUCCUCCUGACAUCAUGACAACAAAGUUCAGCUUAUCUGCGUUUAGGAAAAACAGACGAAAACUGGAGCUUGCAGAGAAGGUGGAAACAGAAAUGAUUCAGACAAAGAAGAGAAGAGAAGUGACUGAAAACGUUAGUGUCUUUAUUUUUACCCUAAGUACCAAUGUCACGGCUUCACUUGAUACUGUUGGGGCAGUCGUGGUGGACCAUGAAGGGAACGUGGCUGCCGCUGUUUCAAGUGGAGGCUUGGCGAUGAAACAUCCCGGGAGAGUUGGCCAGGCAGCUGUAUAUGGAUGCGGUUGCUGGGCAGAAAACGCAGGUGGCCAUAAUGUGUAUUCUACAGCUGUGAGUACAUCAGGCUGUGGUGAACAUCUAGUGCGGACCAUGUUGGCCAGGGAAUGUUCAGUGGCCCUUCAGUCCGAAGAUGCCCACCAAGCCCUGUUGGAGACUAUGCAAAAGAAAUUUGUUCGUUCACCAUUCCUAGCCUGUGAGGACUCUGUACUUGGCGGAGUCAUAGUUCUCCGUUGCUGCAGAUGUUCAAUGGAUUCUGAGUCGGCACUGAACACACCAGCCCUCCUAGUUGAGUUUUUAUGGAGUCAUACCACCGAGAGCAUGUGUGUUGGCUACAUGUCGACUCAAGAUGGAAAAGCUAAGGUAAAUACUCAUAUUUCAAGGCUUCCGCCAGGAGCUGUGGCAGGGCAGUCGUUAGCAAUCGAAGGUGGUGUUUGCAGGCUACGGACCUCGGUGAACUAAACGUUUCAUCCCAAUAGUGCUACCGUACACAGCCUCAGACGGACUACCUAACUAUAGCCUAUUUAUAUUUUAAAUGUGAUCAAUGAAAGCGUAUUGAGAGCUUUAUCUUUUUUGGUACCACAAUAAAAAUUGCACUUUGUACUUUAUAUAUAUAUAUAUAUAUAUAUCCUGAUUAUGCAAGUAAGUGCUGCUUUACUUUGACCUGCACCCGUUUCAGUUUAAAACUGGAGCAUUCACAAGAUUGGUGCGAGUUUUCCUGAUUGAUAUAUAUUGUCCCAAAAAGAUAAAUGUAAAACAAAAAACACCCUUCUUUCCCGCUGACUUGAGUUUCAGUCAGUGCAUUGCAUUCCAUAUUUGCUGUCUAAAAGACCAGCAACAUUUGUUUUUUUUUGGCACUAGAAUUAGUAACUAACAAAAGUGUCCGUGAAUUUCAGCAUUGCUGAUUACAGCGAAAGAUACCUGGCUAAUUAGUAAUAACGCAUGUACCAAUGUUUGGCUGUUAGUUAACGUGAGGUUUUGAUCAGAUAUACAGUGUAUAAGUUUAAAUUUUUUGGAGAUACCGAUAAAAGAUGUGAUUGCGUGUGCAUCGGUGUGGCAGGUAUGGUAUGAAACCUCGCAGUGAAUUAUUUAAACGUGAAACUAUUAACCAUGCUGUUAGUGCUGUCAUGCCGGGGAUGAUCAUGAAUUCACCAAGAAUUUGACAAACAAUUUGGUGAUGUAAGAGUGAGUGAAUGCUUAAGAUAUUAGUGGUGAAAAUGUACAUUUAACAAAACUUGGUGCAAUGCCUGUAGAUCUUUUGUUUUUACUUUAAAUUGCAUACAAUUAACAGACAUUCGAUAUACACUGAGGUCAGAUUGACUCCACUAGAGAUAGACACAAAAUGUUGGAGUAACUCAGCGGGACAGGCAGCAUCUCUGGGGAGAAGGAAUGGGUGACGUUUUGGGUCGAGACCCUUCCUCGACUCAACCAUGCAUUGUAAAACGGUAUUUCUUUCAUAUUUGCUAUAAUUUAAGCUCUGUUUUUUUCUGUAAUUGUGUGCAAACACUUGAUCCUGCUGAUUUAACCUAUUUAUGCAACUUCGAGUGAACACGAGGGUGAAGUUUUAUGGCGACAACUAUCUGUGUACGAUUUUGCAUGUGGUUCAAAUAUCCACAGGCACUUCAGAUGUUACUGAACCACAUAUGGUGAUACCAAGGUGAAGGACCAGAGGCUGAACAGAUGGGUCGGUUUUGAGAUUAAGAGAGGGAGGAAACAAGAAGAUAUUUAUGGAGCUUUAAGGGCCAGUCCCACUGUACGAGUUAAUUCACGAGUUCUCCAGAGUUUUCCCCUGAUUCGAACUCGGAGAAUGUCCGUAGCGGGUCCGCAAGAGUUCGUGGACGCCUCGUAAUGGCUCGUACGAGUAAAAAGUAGCCAUUUUUUUCAUCACAAGUAUUUUUUUACUCGUGGACAUUUUUCAGUGUUGAAAAAAACGUCGCGCGUUUACCAGAUUUCCCAAGUAGCGGCCGUUACUCGUACGAGCCGCUACGAGACAUCCACAAACUCCUACGGACCUGCUAGGAACAUUCUCCGAGUUCAAAUCAGCGGAAAACUCGGGAGAACUCUUGAAUUACCUCGUACAGUGGGACAGGGCCUUGGAGUUGCUAUCACCGCCAAUGGUGAAGCAAUGAUGUUGUAAUCCAAUGUCCAUUUCUCCUUUGGCAAUCCAGUGUUUGCUUUAAGAGAAUCGGCUGUAACCUCUGGUGAGGCUUCUGCAACCAAUAGUAAUAGUGAAUCUCUCUCACGUAUAACCAGAUUUUCUCAGCGGUUCUUGGUAACUGAUGGGGGAACUCAGAACGCCAGUGAAUUCCUGGUUUGGGAACAAAGCCCGUAUAAUUUCCCCUUGAGUUUGAAAUGCUGGAAGUUGAUUGUAUCGGAGGUAUUAAGCCAGAGCUAGUUUUUACUCUUAUUGUGUGUGUGGACCCAGGACAAUCAUAGUGAGCAAGUCUAGUGAUACAAUGUUAAAGACAGUCUGUAAGAUUGCACUUUGUUUUCAUGGCAUGAGAAGUCCCUCAAAUUGCUAUGACAGUCUUUAUUUGCCAUUCUCUCCCAUAUGCAGUUGAAAGGAUAUUGUCACCAGCUUGUCAAAACACUUGGUGACUAUUGGUCCGCUAUAUUGAAGGAGUCUGAAUUACAGACGUGCCUCAAAGCUGUAUGUGGACUGACAUCAAAUGUUUGUUGAGAAAGAACUGCAGGUGCUGGAAAAAUUCGAUGGUAGACAAAAAUGCUGGAGAAACUCAGCGGGUGAGGCAGCAUCUAUGGUGCAAAGGAAUAGGUGACGUUUCAGGGAACCUAUUCAAGAUUCAAGAGAGUUUAUUGUCAUGUGUCCCAGAUAGGACAAUUCAAUUCUUGCUUUGCUUCAGCACAACAGAAGAUUGUAGGCAUAAAUAAUACAGAACAGAUCAGUGUGUCCAUAUACCAUUGAUUAUAUAUAUAUACACAUUCCUUCUAUCCAUAGAUGCUGCCUCACCCGCUGAGUUUCUCCAGCAUUUUUGUCUUCCUUCAGAUGUUUCUUAAAAUAAGUUGAUGUCGUUUGCUGUCUGCUUUGGAGUGCCAGUACUAUUUCAUCUUAAACGUGAUAAAAAAAACAACAAAGGACUCCCUCACCAACUGAAAAAACAAGCUAGUGGGGAUUUGUCACUAGUUAAUGAAAAUGUUGAACCUAAACUCAAAUUACGAAAAUGGGAAAAUGACAGACGUUAUAUAUUGUAACUUGAUAUUUUACCGUUGAUUUUAAAUGUGCUAUUUUAAAUCGAGUUUACGGCAAAGGUAAAAAUAGGUCUUAAAUGUAACUAUCUCGAGUAAAGCUUGAUCUGAUCAGAAUUGGUGUUGCACUGUAGUGAUUCCACUAUAUUAUACGUAGAUUGUCAGGGCUAAAUGAAGAGCUUGCUUUGGUGCUUUAAAAUUGACAAAGACAAAAUAUUGUUCAUGUUUUAUAUAGCUUUAAUAAAAUUUUGCAGAUUUCUCUCACUUGCAAAAGAUGUGUGUGUGGAUAUUUGCAAUUUUAGCAAGACUAGGAUAUGAAGUGCUCAAACUAAUAGGAAAUUGUAUAUCAAUAUGAGAAAAUACAAUAAAAAUCUUGUUUAAAUGUC